AUGACUACUUUAGAUUAUAGAAAUAAAAUAAUCCUUGCUCCUAUGGUUAGAAUCGGAACUUUACCGAUGAGACUUCUGGCCUUAGAAUACGGCGCAGAUCUAGUUUAUUCACCUGAAAUGGUAGAUAAGAAAAUGAUUGCUUCAGAACGGCAAUUCGAUGAAAAGACGGGGUUGAUCUCAUAUGUAGAUAAUAAAAAUUCAGUGGCAUUUACAACUCAUCCGAUUGAAAAAUCAAGAUUAAUUUUUCAGAUUGGAACUGCUGAUCCUGAUCUUGCAUUGAAAGCUGCAUUGAAAGUAAAACAAGAUGUUGCAGGGAUAGAUGUAAACUGUGGUUGCCCAAAAAAGUUUUCUAUCCAAGGUGGCAUGGGUGCUGCUUUAUUAUCAAAUCCAGACAAAUUGAAGGCUAUAUUAACAAAUUUAGUGCAAAAUUGUGGCCUUCCAGUCACUUGUAAAAUAAGGAUAUUAGAUACUAAAGAAAAAACAAUAGAAAUUUGUAAAAUGAUAGAAUCUACAGGAGUUAAAGCAAUCGCAAUUCAUUGUAGAACUCGUGAUGAGAGACCGAGAGACCCUGGACAUUGGGAUAUCUUUAAUGACAUUGUUGAAAAUAUAAAGUCAAUACCAAUUAUUGCAAAUGGUGAUGUAUUUCAACGUUCGGACAUAGUAAAAUUAAAAGAAUUAUCAA